CGAGGGGGGAAAUUGUAGAUGCUCAACAGUGCAUGAGUAAGAGAGAAAGAAAGAGCAGAUUCGGACAUGUGCCAACCGAUUUGUGACCACAGUCAACGUUCACAGACCACGUUCGUUCAAUAGGAAAAUCCACCCAUGAUAAUGUAAAUGUUUGCAUUGACGUUUUGCCGAACACGCAAAAGAAAAAUAUAGCCAAACGUCUGAUGAAAAUAUGACAUCUGCAAAAGGAAGUGAACAUUUGAAUGAACCUCAAUGGACAGAUUUUGAGACUGAACGUUUCUGGCGGGUCAUGGAACCCUACAUCCGGGGACUUAUUAGUUGCAGCAUUGUCAAACAGACGGAUAUAAACUUUAGUGACCUUGACCCAAAUUCUAGGAAUGAGUUAGACGUUUGCUUGGGGGAGGUGCAGAAACUGUUGUGGAGUGGUAAAUAUACACAGGCGGUUUAUAAUCUAAGAGCGAUACAGUCAUUUUUCAAUGACCCAAUAUUAGGAGAAUAUGGGACGACUUCUAAUCAGGAUACACUUAGCAUUCUUAAAGCAAUAUUCACGAGAAAACUUCCACCCAGGAGAGCAUCGCUGGUUCAAAUGCAUUGCAAGGCCAGCUCAAUCUGAAUAAUGAUAUCUACAAAGAAAUUAAACAAUGGGAGAUUUUACAGUUUCAACAAAAUAUAAAGAAUACGGGUGAGGUGAGACGUUCAUUCCCAAGGCUAGUCCAUUACCAUGCAGUUAUACGCAAAUUCUUAAAAUAUACAUUGAAAUGGAAAAUAUUAAUAUUUAAGAUUUCCAAAAA